AAGUAGUGUCUGGCUGCUACGCUUAUCUCUGGGAAACCCUAUUUUUGGCAGGGGAGUGAGAGCAAAAGGAAAAAAAAAAAAUGGCGGUGCCGUUGCUAUCCAAGAAGAUCGUGAAGAAGCGCGUCAAGAAGUUCAAACGCCCUCAGAGCGACCGCAAGAUCUCCGUCAAGGAAAACUGGCGCAGACCCAAGGGUAUUGAUUCUCGUGUCAGGAGGAAGUUCAAGGGAUGCACUUUGAUGCCAAAUAUUGGUUAUGGAUCAGACAAGAAAACUCGCCACUAUCUCCCAAAUGGUUUCAAGAAAUUUGUUGUGCACAAUGUGAAGGACCUUGAACUUCUCAUGAUGCAUAACAGGACAUACUGUGCUGAGAUUUCUCACAACGUUUCCACAAGGAAGAGGAAGGAAAUCGUUGAGAGGGCUGCCCAGCUUGAUGUCGUUGUGACCAACAAAACUGCCAGGCUACGCAGCCAGGAAGACGAAUAGAUCUGAAUGUGGUGGAAAGUUGUUUAUGUUUUGUAGUGGGAUUUCAUUUUUCUUGUUGGUAGAUUUUGUUCCUUUCUGUUUUAUUUUCUUAUGGUCGAAACCUAUUGCAUGCUAUACAUUUUGUUGCUGCCUAUUAAAUUGCUGUCACAGAAUACUUAAAUUUUGAUGCAAUCUAUUUAUCCUGCUUUUAGUUCC